AUGACCAUCGAACUAAGCUUCUCCAUCUAUCACCAACCUGACGUUCAGUACCUCCGUCGACUGACAUCCUUACGUAUUCAUCUGUCCAAAUCCUGCACUAAUCAGUCCAUUUUCGGCCUAACUGUCAACAUGUCGCAAUCCUCCCUCCCUAGUCCCACGAACUCCGCCGCUGCGCUGUCCUUCCUCACCUCGGUGGGCGGAAUCAUCGGCUACACGCGUACGGGCUCCAUCCCCUCCAUCGCGGCGGGUCUCUCAGUCGGCGCGCUAUAUCUGUACAGUUUCCUGCGUUUGCGCGACGGACAGCCCUACGGCGAGGAGAUCGGGUUGUUGGCGUCGGCGGUGUUGGGGGGUAGUUCUGUGCCCCGCGUUAUCAAAACGAGGGGGAAGCCCGUGCCUCUGGCGCUGAGUGUUCUGGCGACGUAUGGGCUUGUGGUUUUUGGGUUGGCGUUUCGGGAGAAGAGGGCCUCGAGGAUUUGA